CGCUGACAGCGGCAUCGCUUUUGACUCACGUCACGGACGUUUAGCUUUUUAAAUCUUGGGCAUCACUUCCAAUUACUUAUCCUGCCCAAGCUGAAUUUUUUUUCACUCUUACGCGGAACCGAAGAUACCCUUUCCAACAAUAACACCAUCGACGAUACUUAAACCCGCCUGCGUUUGCCAGCACAGUCGACAUCAUGUGCGGUACCUGCAACGGAGACACAGCGCCCGCCGCGAACUCGACAACAGACAAUGCUGCUCCCUCGGCACAGACAAGCAACGGCGUCUAUCCUGCCCGGGGCACACCGGCGUCUUCUCCCUACCAGAUGGUUCAGGACUACAUCUCAAAUGUUGGCAGGUUCAAGAUCAUUGAGAGCACUUUGAGAGAAGGAGAGCAGUUUGCGAACGCCUUCUUCGACCUCGAAACCAAGAUCAAGAUCGCCAAAGCACUUGAUAACUUCGGUGUAGACUACAUCGAGUUGACCAGCCCUGUAGCUAGUCAAGCUUCAUUUGAUGACUGCAAGGCCAUCUGUCAGCUUGGUCUCAAGGCCAAGAUCCUUACGCACGUCCGCUGUAAUAUGGAGGAUGCGAAGAAGGCAGUCGAGUGCGGCGUGGAUGGCGUCGACCUGGUUAUUGGAACAUCAAGCUUCCUCCGGGAAUAUUCCCAUGGUAAGAGCAUGGAAAUGAUUAAGGACAUUGCGAUGGAGGUCAUUGCCUAUGUCAAGAGCAAGGGUGUUGAAGUCCGCUUUUCAAGUGAGGAUUCCUUCAGGAGCAACCUCGUCGAUAUCCUACACCUCUACCAAGCUUGUGACAAGGCUGGUGUCGACCGAGUAGGUGUCGCCGAUACCGUUGGCGGAGCCACGCCAAGGAUGGUCUACGACUUGAUCAGGACACUGAGAGGCGUUGUGGGCUGCGACAUAGAGACACAUUUUCACGACGAUACUGGCUGCGCAGUUGCAAAUGCACACUCCGCGCUCGAAGCUGGAGCCACACAUGUCGAUACCUCAGUAUUAGGAAUCGGCGAACGCAAUGGCAUCACUCCGCUUGGUGCUUUGAUGGCCCGAAUGGUUGUAACAGCACCGGACUAUGUCAAGUCCAAGUAUAAUCUCAAGGCAUUGAAGAGCUUAGAAACCCUGGUUGCCGAUGCCGUCCAGGUCAACAUCCCAUUCAACAAUCCCGUGACGGGCUUCUGUGCAUACACUCACAAGGCUGGCAUCCAUGCUAAGGCUAUUCUUGCUAACCCAUCAACCUACGAGAUCAUCAAUCCCCAUGACUUCGGAAUGACUCGCUAUGUCUCCAUUAAUUCAAGAAUUACAGGCUGGAAUGCUGUCAAGGCCCGAAUCGAGCAGCUUGGCCUGGGCUCAGAGUUCUCUGAUGAUCAAGUCAAGGAAGUGACUGCCAAGAUCAAGCAAAUGGCGGACAUUCGCCCCCUGGCUAUUGACGACACAGACUCAAUCAUUAGAUCUUACCAUCUAGAUAUAAAGGUAUAAGCUUGAGACGAACGAGGUUGUAUACUCCAUGAAGGCGUUUGCAGAAGAGGAUGCAAAAAUUUGGGUAUUUCGAUUAGAUGAUGAUAGAUCAAUGAAAGAAAUAAGAUCUAGGCGUUCAUCGCCACAACAAUAGCAUGCUAUGCUCGACACUAUUUUAAAGUCCUAUGCACGCUGCUUCUCCGUUGCGUAUUGGGUUGUUGUUAGGCUAGCUAGGCCUUGGCCAAUGAUUCGAAGUUAAUGGGCUGGCUGUGCGGGAUGGUAGUCUAUAUUAUGAACGAAAAUGGAUCAAGUUGUA